AUGCUUCGUCGUGCGAAACGCCUUAAAUGGCGGCAGGUCGACUACCUUCUGUAUAUCAUAGAGCCUUUCUACCGCUUUACCACAGUGCUUUCAAAGACUAAAGAAAUAACGGUAUAUCAUGUUUUUGGUAUUUAUAACGCCCUCUUCGAGCACUUCAAGGAAUCGAUCGCACGACUCACUCCGAAAACCAUACCUUGGAAGAAGGCGAUGCUACAAGCCCUUAAUGCUAGGAUGGUAAAGCUUUCAUCUUACUACACAAAGACGAAAGAGAUCUAUGUAAGGCGUGGGCUCCUUACGCCCAAAGACACACCUAGACACAAUCCCUACGAGGAGAGCAACCCCCCCUACCGUCACUUAGCUAGUAUAAGUGACCUAGACGCUCUCCUCGACCUUCGGCCUCACAUUCACUCCAAUCUAUCAACAUCAGAGCACGAACUCGCUAGAUAUCUUGAAAAGCUGCUGAGUGCGCGGAAGCGACAGAGAAGUGAGCUAGUCGACAGUGAAGAUGAGAGCAGUCCUCAUCUCCCUCUUUAUGGAGAUGAGAGUGGCACUCAAAGGCGCCCUGGGUUAAGAGAAGCAAGGAAGCGUGGCAAACCUAGUGAUGAUCAAUUUGUAUCGUAUUAG